UUGUAAUUGUAGAGAGAGAGAGAGUCAACAAAGGGUUUUUUCGGAGCUACAUUAGAAAAGUAACUAUCUUGCCAUCGUCAUCCUCGUCAUCACCAUCAUCUUCCCCCCCUCUCUCUUCAUUUUUCAUCAAUCAAGAAAUAGAGAGAGAAAGACAGGAAAAAGUGAAUAGAAAUCCACAAAAGAACAGUGUUUAUUUGUGCAUGUCAUAGUGUAUUUAUAGGUACAUAUUUUUGUAUUUCUAUGUAUAAGAUGGUGAUUUGGUGGAUCCGUAGAUCUAACUCUUUUGACAACACAUGGGUUGCAACGUUUCUUUCAGAUCUCAGUCUUCGUCAUUUGGUAUGAUUCAGUAAGUGACCAAAAACUGAUCACAACAAGGCCUAAACGUAUUGAAAGACUGGUGAUUGGGGACUUGGAGGGUUUUAGCAAGAGUGCUGUUUGCAUCCGUUUUGGAUGUUCAGGAAUAGGUGGUAUAUAGGGGUGAGAUGAGGGAUGUUAUCAAGAUUGAUAAAUUUUCUGCAGAAAUGCUGGUGGUGUUCAUCGGACCAUCAUGCGCACUCUGGUUCUGAUACAACUGGCUGGCAAGAUGGUUUACUUUGGUAUAAAGAUUCUGGGCAGCACUUAACUGGUGACUUCUCCAUGGCUGUUGUGCAAGCCAACAAUUUGCUUGAAGAUCAAAGUCAGAUUGAAUCAGGUUCCCUGAGCUUGCUUGAUUCUGGCCCAUAUGGGACAUUUGUGGGAGUAUAUGAUGGUCAUGGCGGGCCUGAGACAUCACGCUACAUCAACGAUAAUCUCUUUCAGAACUUGAAGAGGUUCACUGCUGAGGAUAACUCCAUGUCAAUGGAUGUAAUUCGGAAAGCAUUUCAGGAAACAGAAGAGGGGUUUAUAUCGGUGGUUGCUAAAGAAUGGCUGAAGAAACCGCAACUGGCUGCUGUUGGUUCCUGUUGCCUGGUGGGUGUGAUUUGUAACGGUAUCCUUUACAUUGCUAACCUUGGUGAUUCCCGAGCAGUGUUGGGAAGAGUUGUCAGAGCAACUGGUGAAGUUCUUGCCAUCCAGCUCUCGGCUGAACAUAACGCAAGCAUAGAGUCAGUCAGACAGGAGUUGAAAUCUAUGCACCCAGACGACUCACAGAUAGUAGUUCUUAAGCAUAAUGUGUGGCGUGUGAAGGGAUUGAUACAGGUUUCUCGAUCUAUUGGUGACGCAUAUCUUAAGAAGGCCGAAUUCAACAGGGAACCUUUAUAUGCCAAGUUUCGUCUCCAUGAACCUAUUAUAAGGCCCAUAUUAAGCGCCGAACCAUCAAUUUCAGUCCUUGAACUUCAACCACAUGACAAGUUUCUCAUAUUUGCUUCUGAUGGCCUUUGGGAACACCUCGGCAAUCAGGAGGCGGUUGACAUAGUACAAAAUCAACCCCACCAUGGAAGUGCUAGAAGGCUAGUCAAAGCUGCAUUACAGGAAGCAGCAAAGAAAAGAGAAAUGAGAUAUUCUGAUUUGAAGAAGAUCGAUCGUGGGGUCCGGCGGCAUUUUCAUGAUGACAUCACAGUGAUAGUUGUAUUUCUAGACUCUGAUCUUGUCAGUCGAGCGAGCUCGUUGAGUCACCCUACUUUAUCCAUGAGAGGAGGUGGAGUCAAUAUCCCUGCAAAAACUUUAGCUCCUGCUGCAGCUACAUCCACAUAAAUCGGUAGCCAUUGAAGGCGUGUUUGGUACUCAGUAGUGAAUAGGACUUCGACAGUUUUCUUCUCUGUCUUGAGACUAUUAAAUGCUGUCCUGCCCUUCAUAUCAAACAUGACACAGAGCAUAUGGUUGGUAACAUCGGCCGGAAUAAAGUGGAAGCAGUAAAUGUUUGCUGCAUUUCAUUAAUUAUUGUAGCCUUCUUCGUUACAUCCUUUAUCUGCUCCGGGCAGAUUCAGUCUUCGACGAAUUUGGAAGAUACUUUCAAAGUAAAAGUAAAUUAUAUAAUGUGAACUUUACCCUACUCAAAGACAUCCAUUUUGGCAAAGUUCAUCCAAGCUAAAGCAUCAAGAAGUUUGACUACUCUUGCUCUGUUUACUGGAUAAAGAAGUAUUUAUUUUCUUAGUCUUGCUUUCAAUAAGCGAGUUCGUGUAAAUGUGUAGUUGUAGCAGGGAUUUCUGAAAAAUGGAUUAAUUAUUGAUUCGAAGAGGGUAGUCGAACUAGAUAUAUGUAUUUGUAAGGACGGAGCAAGCACGAGUUUCUCCUAUUCCAUGAAUUUAGUCUUCAUUUCA